CUCCUUGAGCGCCGGGACAAGAAGCCAAUGAACGCAUAGCUUCUAGAGGGCGGGACUUCCUGCCGUGGGUUCAUGGUGAGCGGCUGCGUGAAGGAAGGCACUUCCUUUUGUGGGUGGCGGCGAGCGCGGAAAGAGCGCCAUGAAGGCCUCGGGCACGCUUCGAGAGUACAAGGUGGUGGGACGCUGCCUGCCCACCCCAAAAUGUCACACCCCACCUCUCUACCGAAUGCGAAUCUUUGCACCUAAUCAUGUUGUUGCCAAGUCCCGCUUCUGGUAUUUUGUAUCUCAGCUAAAGAAGAUGAAGAAGUCUUCAGGGGAAAUUGUCUACUGUGGGCAGGUGUUUGAGAAGUCCCCUCUGCGGGUGAAGAACUUCGGCAUCUGGCUGCGCUAUGACUCUCGCAGCGGCACCCACAACAUGUACCGGGAAUACCGUGACCUGACCACCGCGGGCGCCGUCACCCAGUGCUACCGAGACAUGGGUGCCCGGCACCGUGCCCGGGCCCACUCCAUCCAGAUCAUGAAGGUGGAGGAGAUCGCAGCCAGCAAGUGCCGCCGGCCGGCCGUCAAGCAGUUCCACGACUCCAAGAUCAAGUUCCCGCUGCCCCAUCGGGUCCUGCGUCGCCAGCACAAGCCACGCUUCACCACCAAGAGGCCCAACACCUUCUUCUAGGUCCAGGGCCCCUCCCCCCCAGGUUACCCAAAUAAACUCCUUGGGAACACCCUG